UGAUUCCAGCUGACAUGAUCUUUAUCAGAAAUUCAGUGUAGCUUCAGCAAUGCCAUUCGUCAGUCGAUACGUGUUUCAGCUUUUUUUUCUUAUUCCUCCCUUCUGGCUUGAUCUGUUUCUGGCAACGAAGAAACAAUAGCUGAAAGGAAUUGCAUAGAAUAUUACUCGAUGCUCUAGAAACGCCUGCUGAAGCUAAAAGCAUGUGCUGAAAAGUGGCACAGUUUUAAACGUCAAAAAACUGCACGGAGCCGUAAAGUCCCUUGCGCCAUGAUUUCUAUCCUGUUGACUGUGGUUCUCGCCGUGAUUUCAUUCUCUGUUAUUUCAUCAGGUAUGACCUAGUCAGUAACUACACCACUAUUCUUGUACAAGCAUGUCGAUAACGCAAUUAUUCAGACAUUAUAUGUAUACAAAUAAUGACAAACCGAGCGAUACUGUCUAUUUUCUGAUGUUUUAGAAGCUGGAAUUAAUAACAUCCCAAGAAAUAACAGCGAAAACAAGUAAGAAUCUGUAACAAUUAUACAUUCUAAAUACUCUUAAUCUUACGAUUGUCGCAUCUUUAGUCGCAUUACUCAGCCGGAAGAACACUGUCUAUGAUUUAGCAAACCCAACGCCUGUUCAGUUUUACAGUGUCAGUGUUAUGUUUUUCUCUGUACUACUGAUUUGUUUGGGAAACGGGACUAUGACGGCGUCAUUUUACUACUACGAUCAGAAUCCUUCGGGUUUUUGCUUUCUUGUGCAAAUUAGGGCUUUCUCAUUGGAAUUUUAUACAAUGCCUGGGCCGGUACCAUUAACGCGUUGGCAAUGAAAGUCUUGUGAUUUCAUUCAGGCUUAACCUGGGUAGCGUGGCGGUUUUGUCGAGCCGGGCGCACAAGCGGCGAAGCCGCGAAAUUCGCCCGCGAAGUGUGCGAAUCUCUGCCCUCGCCCGCCUUUAUUACUUAGCGCGCCCAACCAAAACCGCCACGCUAAGCAGGCUAAUUCAGGCUAAAUUCUUAAUUAUUAGAACUGAAAGUUCUUACGUCAUCUUGGAACAACGUUCUGCUACUGUACAAAACACCCUGUUAAUAAGGUUGCAUAAACUAGAUCUAGAAAAUUCCAUUCCAGUCGGAUCGAGGACAGAGGAGAAACGGGUCCGUUUAUGAAUAAAGACCACUUACUUUUAAUUAAUACAACGUUUUAUCACUAUUUUAUCUCUUCAGCUCUUUCCAUCACAUUUCAUCGUGCAUUCCAUAUGGUAUCAAUCAAUCCCUGUUCGAAAACGGUGGUUACUGCAAAAGUAUAAUCGGUAAUGUGCUAGUUAAGGGAACCAUUUUGGAGCUGUGGGACAAAGAAAAGAAAUUGAAGAGGUUUGACUCGUUUGUUAGAGAGUCAAAGCAACAGAAUCUAACCGCGGUACGCCAAAGCUGUCUCAAGCAGAUCGACGAUAUAUACUGUCAUCAUUACUUUCAACGGUGUUACAUUGAUUUUACGGUUCAGCGUGUUUGCAGAGAAGCAUGUGAGAAAUUAAAAUCUGAACAUUGUGAGCCUGAGUUCGAAAAGGCAGAUCAUUUAAACCGUGAUGGCACACACACGUUUCACAUCAUAGACUGCACAGAUCUGCCAUCUCGAAAAGGAACAGGUAUCUGCUACGAGCCCGCUAACAGGACCGAAGGUUAGAAAUACCCAUGAAACGAACAACCUUACCUUACGUUUAUUUUUUAGAGGAGGCAGCGUGGCCGAGUGGUCAGAGCGCUGGACUUGCAAUUCUGAGGCCCCGAGUUCAACAGGGGCACCCAACGAGGAUAUAGUUCAAAACCACUUAACAUCGCAUUGUUGAGCGUAUUUUAGUAUUUAAACGGUAGAUAUAGGCAUAUUUUUAUCCCCUAAAAACUUUUCAUCUGUUCGGAUUUCCUAGCUGUAAGUCUAGUGAUCCGAAAAUUAUAGGGAUAAAAACUUACCUUCUCGAAAAUUUCAGCCAGGAAAAGGCUCCCGAAAAUUUUUAGGGUCAAAAUCCGUUAAAAAUGGGUAAUUAUACCAUUUCGUAGAUGUUCGAAAAUCCUAGGAGAGGCAGGCAAGCAAGAAAUUUUACAACAAAUGUUCCAAAAAUUCUAGAACUCAAAUCGUCUUCCGAACAGAAAUUUUCCCGAAAUUGCCGUUGGGUGCCCCUGGUUCAAGUCCCGCUCUCACCGCUAGCUGGAUUUGUUCUCGGUAGUUCCGAGUUUAAAUCAUCGGUCACGCUUGUAAAUAGCCAACUGGUUUGCCUCCGACCAGUUAGGAUUUUUAACCCUGUUAAGUUCAAUUUGAAUUAUUUGUUUCAGGAAUUCGCUCGGCGCCACUAGCACUAGUGCUAUAAAUACUGCCGAGGAUGAAUAACGGAAUUCGUCUUCUUAUUAUUAUAUUUUAAAGCCAAAGCAUGAAGGUUUAAAAUAACUUCUGAUUAAAAACGGCUUUUAGAGUGGCUUCACACCAGUCGACGUUAAACCUUGUUUUGCUUAAUGAGUAAAGCAAGGGAACAACUGUAGCAAAUCCAAAACUAGUGUAAACGACAAGAGAAGCGAAUAUUAUCAGUGCUGAUUUGACUGAAACUUUGCUCUGCACAAAUCGAAACCUCUUAAUCACUUUUUAUUUGAAGAGAAAACCUCCACGCAAGAUGCAUUUGUUCAAGCCUUUAGCCUAGUUUGGUUGGUGUUUGACACAAAAUUUGGAGGAGGUUAAUGGAUAUUAUAUAGGUUUAGCUAAGGUCAAAAGCGAAGCUCUCAUUGAAACUUUUCAGCAUAGUAUUUCUUGGGUUGUUUUCUGCGCCUGCGAUCUCUUAAAUACCAUAACUGGUCAGCUGAGAACUUUACAAAACACGUCACUUCAAUGAGUUGAACACUUGAACCCGCAGUCAUGUGGCACUGGUCAGUGGAUACACUAUUUUGGCAUUUCACAUCCGCUAACAUGAAGGGGCGGAGGGCGUACGGCGUACGGAUGAUUUUGUCAUAACCAAAAUUUCGUGGAUGCAUAGAUAACCAAAUGUUUAAUUUUUACCCAUUCUGCUCCACUGCGCGCGAGAGCUCCGCCAUAAAAUGAAAAAAGGUAUCCAUUCAUAUCCGCACUCUCCCAUGCCACACCAGCAUAAAAAGAAAAUAGUAAUAAUAAUAAUAAUAAUAAUAAUAAUAAUAACCAAUAUGCACACGUGUGUUUAUUGACGAAAGAAAGAGCACAUUUCUUACUGACAAUAUCCUUUCGUUUUUGUCCCUCUGUUUUCAAUCAGAAGAACUCAAUGUUUCCAAUAAAGGUAAGUUCAAUAUACGCUUUCACAGGGCACAUCGACGAAUGCAAUUAUUUUACGAAAAAUAAAAUAUUUGACUGGGUAGCCCUUGUAAACUAGAUGAUUUGAACCUUGAUAUGGACGAAGUGACUGGAAUACUUGGGAUGUGUUAGAAUAAUACGAAUUGGAACAUAGCUUCUGUAUUAGAUUCCCGGAGAGCUUUUCAUGAUCUACCCUUUUGAAACAUGGAUAAAUAAAUUAGAUAAAUAACUGAAUUCACGGAUUUUGAUUUGCCAAGCCAUCAUAGUAUAUGUGGAUGUUAUAGGUCUGAAGCAAGGGGUUUUGUGAUCAAAUAAUCGCAAAGAAAUAAACGGAUAUGCGAGGAUUCUUCAACGAAUCCAGAAAUACAGUAAAGAAACAUGCGUCUACAGUUCACCUUACGGGCUUUGUUUUUCAACAUUCCAUGUUGGCAUGCCACUGGUGACAUUAACGAAAGCCAGACCCAUCUAACAGUUUGAAAAAUAGAAGCCAAAUACUAGUUCGAGGAAAAAGGUCCUUACAGAAACCAGAUUGGUAACUUGUGAAGCAAGUUGUACAACAUUUCGAGUUUAAUCUUAAUCAAUUUAAGUCACCAUGGUCAUGUAUGAAGAAUUACAAAACUUGCCGUAAUUUACACCUAUUCAAUUUUUGCGCAUGCGUUUGGAUUAUGGAAUAGUUAGAAAUAGCUACAGGUUUUGUAAUUCUUCAUAGACUGAUGACUACGAAUUUGCUUUAAGUCCACAUCUUAGACAACACUUAACAACAUUUAACAACAUUUUGUCUUAAAAGCAACCAUGACUGGUUUCUGUUUCUGUUUCUGUUUCUGUGUCAGUUUCUUCCUCGUAUUAGCAUUUUGGCUUUAACAAAGCUCCAAGCUCUUUAAUUAUGUUGGAUUUUCAAAGUCACAUUUCGACUUCUUUCUUUUUUAUAAUCGUGCCAGUGUGACGCUGAGACGCAGCGAAUGCAUAAUCGUAUUCAUUUCCUUUUAUUUCCGAAACUUCUACUUCUACAUCUCGCGAUCUCUUCGCUUAAAUCAAGGGGCUGUUCCACGGCAUUCCAGUUCAUUUUACUGCGUUUUUCCAAUUACUUACUCUUGCUCGCCAAGCAAUUAACGUUAGCGAUGAAAUUAUUCCUAAAUGACAAAAUCAUAGCUUCAUGGUAAACAAAUAUGUAUCCCGAGCGUUAGAUUUAAUUUACAAACAAUAAAGAUAACCUUUGAAAACAGUUUGGCCGAACUGAAAGACCCCAAUUGCAGUCCGUUUUAAUCUUCUUCGACUCCAUGCCUUCGUUAUUUUUACUGCGUUGAUAUUCAAACCUUCCCUCAAUGGUUUAAGUGAGUAUUUCUAAGUUGCGCUCAAUUUCGUGGCCAAGUCGUAAUGACUGACUUUCGUCUCAUAGCUGCUUUAAUAAUGAAUUUGUCGAAUUUCUUGUUUAAAGAUUGCUUCAUCGGGGACGGGCGUGGCUACCGGGGCAGCAUCAGCACAACUAUAUCAGGCUACACGUGCCAGCCAUGGAGUGCACCACACCCUCAUCUUGACCAGGUGGUCAAACAACAGAUAUCUGAAGAGAUAAAAAAUGGUAGCAAUUCCUGCCGCAAUCCAAGAGGUCUUAGUGUGAAAAGCCCAUGGUGUCUUAUCAGCAACAGGACCGUGCAGUGGGAGUACUGUGAUGUGCCUAAAUGUUCCAUAGACGGUACGUUACUGAAUUCCAAAACUUACACAAGUAUUUGAUAGGAUACGAAUCACUAACAAAUGAAACCACUUCACAGGAAGAGGCCCUUCCAUGCUCCAAGAGUAUGAAUUGACGUAACGUCUGUGAACGUAGUCCUGAAUAGGACUGUUGUUGUUGACAGUGACUGACGUUUCGACAGCCUGUGCGGUAUAGUCAUCCUCAAACUCAAAGUGAGUUGUAUCACGUCAGUUGAUGGUAUUAUACUCUGGUUAUUGAUCUGAUUGGUCAAUUACGUCGCGAUGUUAUUGGUCGUCUGUCAGUUAAGCCGUGAUGUUCUUGGCUGUGAAGACUCGUAAUCUGUAAUUGAUGCGUUUCGAUCCAUCUAUUGUAGAAGCAUUUGAUUUUGUAUACUGCUCCCUGUCUGUCCUCCGGUUUGUCUUUGUCCUUGACAUUAGUAAGCAGUCGCCUUUAAGUGGUUAUCGGUUUGUUUGCAACAAGUAUAUUGUAAGGUUGUAAUAUACGUGCAAUAGUUUCAGAGAUGCCUCUGAUGUACGGUAUAGUCGCUGUCGUAACAGGGCCAGAGUUGGUCUGAGUGUUGGAAUCAGUGUUACUGCGUUGUAAUUGUUCUUACUAAAAACGUUGUUAAGAUAAUCGGUCUAGUCCCUGUCAGGUGAGUUACAGCUUUCUUAUUAAGUACCGCAUAGCAGUACAGCUGAAAUGAUUUUUGUUGCGUAAUCACAGUAUAAUAUAAAAUAUUACUCAGACUCAAUGUUACCUGACUGCUCCGCCUAAACAAAAUAAGAAAUAAAAAAAGGAAAGACAGCAGUUAACUAAGAAAGGUUAAUGCCACAUGAAUUACCACAUUGCAGGAUGUUAUCCUUUUCUUAUUGACUCCUCGAUUCUGAGCGCAAUCCACGAUAUUGGACUGCCAGGCACUUUAUUUUUCUUUCUUUCUCUCUAUCACAAAGCCCCCUUAAACCCACCAGCCAACUUUCGAGGUCACAGCUUAAACUCGACAAGUAUUGAACUCUCCUGGGGACAAGUUCCAAAAUAUCUUCGGUAUGGAACAGUGCUCGGCUUCCAUUUGGCUUGCCUAAGGCUCCACUCGACAGAAGAGCAUUCGGUGAAUUUGCCAUCUGCACAGCUUAAUUGGAUGUUCAAAGGACUGAGAAAAUUCACAAGUUAUAGCUGUCGACUGAGAGCUUACGACAGGUUUGGAAAUGGUACAUGGAGUGAAAAACUGGUUAUUACUGAUGAGGAUGGUAAGUCAUAAAUGUUCCCGGAUUUGUUUUUCCUGAAAUGUUACUGAAUUAUUCAAUGACUGACUGACGACUGACUGACUGCGUUCUGGCGAUAAACUGUGUUUUAGAGAAUAAAAAUUGGUUGGCCAGUAGAAUUUCUGUCUUUUAUCAAGUAGCAAAGUGAAGAAAGCGUUCUUGAAUCAAUAGAUAAAAGGGGGGGCGGGGAACCUAAAGCGUUCGUCAAAAAAAAGACUGCGGUUAUUAGGGUUUCUGUUAUUAGGAGCUUUUAGGGCAGGGGUUCAGCUCGUAGAUAAAGGAUCGUUAGACGAUAUCCAAUGUGCAACAGGCUUUUUUUCACAAUUUGACAGUUUAUACUCUUAGUCCACUUCUCUUUUAUGGCGUACUUGCAAAAGAGCAGUUUCUGCAUUCUUUGACAAAUCUUAAGGAUUAGGAUGCUUCGAUACUACAGCUAAGUGUGUUGACCAAGCUAAAUAGCUGGCUACACUGAAAAUUAAAAGGAUCUGUUUCAGCCCCAAAGUGUCAAUUCAGCCCUGCAGGCUGAUUCAGCCCUUCCUGGAGCCAUUUGAGCAAAAUUUAGGCCAAAAAAGCUCAAUCAAAAGGCUAUUCCAGCCCACGGUAGGGACAAUUUCAGCACUGGGACCAAAUCAGUCGUGGCUAAUUGGACUGUAUUGGCCCUGAUCUAAGGGAGCCAAAUUAGACCCAAAAAUAGGACUGUAUUUUACUCACCGAAACGGCCCUGUUUUUAGGGCUAAAACAGAUCUUUCUGAUUUAGAGUGUAUCAUUCCUAGCUGAUAGAUAUAUUGCAGCAGAUCCGUACUUCUGUAUGGGUAUAGCAUUAGAUAACGUUGGGUGGAGCCAAAUUGGACACCUUAUGACGUUUACUCAUUUCAUUAUUCUCUUAACGUAACGAUACCGAAAAAGGACCCCAGCAACCUUGUAGAAUUGCUGAAAACAAACAAACAAAAAUGCAAAGCAUCAGUUAUGGAGAGAACAUAAUAAAGUCAGUAAACACCGAUGUGUAGUGAUUAUGUUUAAGCAGUGGACUGAAAACGGUUAGCUUUCAAAUGUGAUACGGCAUGUUCUUCAUGUAUUUUUACUGAAGGAAACAAGCUGGCUUCAGCCACUGUUACCUAAUGCUAAUCUUUCUGUAUUUACUGUUUUGUUAUAGUCCCAGAUCGUCCUCCGAGAGAAAUAUCGGCGCUUAGCUUAGGCAAGAAUGCCGUGCAGCUUAACUGGAGACCAGUCUCACCGGAACAUACCAAUGGAAUGGUGCUUGGUUACAGAGUGUUUUAUAAUGAAGUUCACAACACGUCACGAGCCGCCAGCAUCAAGGUUGCAGCAGAAGAAACGCAUUUAACUAUUGGUGGAUUGAGACCCAGUACAAACUAUAGCUUCCAGAUACUUGCAUUUACCACAAAAGGCAACGGUACUAUCAGUGCAAAAUACUUCGCAAAAACGUUUUCAGGUAUAUAAAGGCGCUUCUUCUUUAAAAGGUAAUUAUUUGAUAUGAGAAAAGUUCAGGAAAGUUCUCAUUUUGGUUCCUUAUUGACCCCCCGCUGUUGUUCGAGGAUAGCAUUUUGUGCAAAAAGAGUGUUCUCGGACAAAGAAAUUAACAAGCCUUGACAUUCCAACCCAAAUUGAAAUUAGACAUGUCCUCUUCAUUCGUAAGGGUUACAAGAGUAGUGUAGUACUUAUUAUCGCGGCAAAUAUAUCUGACCUUAUACAGCAGUACAGUGAGCAAGCAACAAUAGUUUAUACGUAAUCAAAAGUACGCCUAGACUGGUAAGUGUUGUUAUAUGAAGGUUCGCAAUCGUUUUAUGAAAGUUGUUCUAAAGCUACAACUUAGUGAUACCUUUAAACCUUUGGGAAAAUAAGUAUUAGAAUAGUUUGGUGACGCUUAUAAAACUUGCACUUGCACUGUCUAAUUUAAAUUCAUGCCUUAUUCUCAGAUUUGUCGAUGAAGCGAAAUCGCGAAAGCGACGACAGACGACAAAGCAGUACCACAGGCCUAGGUACUUAACUUUAAUCUUUCACCUCAACGCAUAAGCGUGGUAAAGGUUUUAAAUUUCCUUAAUUCGUGUCAUCGAGAAUUUUACGCUUUCUUUUUGUGUUUUCAUCUAACAGGAACUGAAGGCAUUGUUAUAACAGUCGUUAUAUCCAGUAUAGUUGCUGUUGGAGUAAUUUGUCUAGCAAUCUACUUUGUCAGAAAGAAACAGUCAUGGAACCUCAGAGUCCGCUACAGUAAGUGAUAAUGGAUACCCUUCGCCCACUGACAUCUCCCCACUAAACCAAAAAUAUGGCCCUAGCUUUAACAGCUAGUCUGCUCAGUCUCAUGGGCCAAAAACACUCUCUAAUGUCACACGCGUUGGAAACGCUCAACUCAACGUGCAGAUUUCCAAAAUUAGAAGCUUCACUACAAUAUCUAUUGUAAGUAAAAUAUAAUGUUCGCAAACAAGCUUUGACCUAGUUAGGUAAUAAUCGGUUUGCGCUCGAAUUCAAAUUUAGUCAUUUAGAAAGGAGAUUUCUGGGAUUUUCAACUUACAAUUUGUAACUCUAGCACCCCAUGUUUAAAUCAUAAAGUAAGGAAAUUACCCCGCUUUAUUUUUAGAACAAACGUAAUUUUCUCUGAUUCCAGUGACGCCUAAUGUACCCGGCACAGAUGUCAACGAAAGUCUUGUCGCAGUAGAGGCGACUGAUGUAGGUGAAGUGAGAGAGUUAACCCCUCUUGGAGAAAUAAAGACUGAGGGAUGGAGGCACAGCACAGAGAGACUAACUACAUAA